AGGUGUAUAAAAGUAGGAUGCGGAUCUGUGCAAGUCAUGAUUUAAACAGAAGCGAUCUUGAGCAUCUGUUUGCCUUCUCUACUCAGCGCUCUCACUCGUUCAUUAUCGUUUGGUCGAAGCUUGUCAGCUUUUACUGCAUUGCUUGAAUUAUCGAUUACACUCCAGAUUAUCACCGUUAUCGAGAUAUUUUGAUCUUGUUUCUGAAAGAGAAGAAAUCUUCGCUUCUACAUUUUGAAGUAUCUGUUGUGUGUAUUGUAUUAUUUUGAUCGGUGUUUUCUCUGCCAAAUCUCUACAAAAUGUGCGAUCUCAUUGAAGUACAGAGCCCAAACACCGUAUACACUGACAAGUACAUUGAGGCUGAUUACAAGUAUGACACAACUAUUGUAAAGAAAGAAAGAGGUAUUCUCAAGGUCAUUCCUAGGACUACUCGAGUACAGUUCCGCACAUCCAAGCAUGUACCAAAAUUGGGAGUGAUGUUAGUUGGAUGGGGAGGAAACAACGGAUCAACUGUGACCGCAGCUGUUUUGGCCAACAAGCAUAACAUCACAUGGCGAACAAAGGAAGGUGUAAUGAAACCAAACUAUUUUGGAUCACUCCUCCAAGCCGGUACCACUCGACUUGGUACAUCUGAAACUACCGGAGACUUGUACAUUCCAUUCAAAGACAUGCUCCCGCUAGUGAACCCUAAUGACAUCGUCUUUGGCGGUUGGGAUAUUUCCUCGCGAAACUUGGCGGACUCCAUGGAGCGGGCCGAAGUGCUAGAUUAUGAUCUUCAGAGGCAGUUGAGACCCAUGAUGGAGAAAAUGAAACCACUGCCAGCUAUCUACGAUAAAGACUUCAUUGCCGCGAAUCAAGAAUCCCGAGCUGACAAUGUCAUUACUGGCACCAAAUGGGAACAACUGGAACAGAUCCGCAAACACAUUCGAGAAUUCAAAGAAAAGAACCAAGUUGGAAAAGUUAUUAUCCUAUGGACUGCGAACACUGAACGAUUCUGUGAUAUCAGAGAAGGACUAAAUGACACCAGUGCUAACCUGUUGAAAUCCAUCAAAGAGAAUGUGUCUGAAGUCUCUCCGUCCACUCUGUACGCCGUGGCCAGCAUACUAGAAGAAUGUGCCUAUAUCAAUGGAUCCCCCCAGAACACUUUCGUGCCAGGUGUGAUUGAGCUGGCUGAGAAGAACAAUGUGGUGAUUGGUGGAGAUGACUUCAAAUCUGGACAGACCAAAUUCAAAUCUGUCUUGGUCGACUUCCUUAUUGGUGCUGGCAUUAAACCAGUUUCUGUUGUAAGUUACAAUCAUCUUGGCAACAAUGAUGGCAAGAACCUGUCAGCUCCUCAACAGUUUCGAUCCAAAGAAAUCUCCAAGAGCAAUGUUGUGGAUGACAUGGUGGCUUCCAAUUCAGUCCUAUUCGCUCCAGGAGAAAAGCCAGAUCAUUGUGUGGUCAUCAAAUAUGUUCCAUACGUUAAAGAUAGUAAACGAGCUCUUGAUGAAUAUACUUCUGAAAUUAUGAUGAAUGGCAAGAACACCAUUGUGGUGCACAACACCUGCGAAGACUCUCUUCUGGCAGCUCCCAUCAUCCUGGAUCUCAUUGUCCUGACAGAGCUAUGUCAGAGGAUCUCCUUCCGUGUCCUGAGCAGCUCCGAAACCAGAUUCCAGCCUUUCAACUCUGUCUUGUCUGUCCUGAGCUAUCUAUGCAAGGCACCACUUGUUCCUAAGGGUGCCCCUGUAGUUAACGCUCUUGCUCGACAGAGGGCUUGCAUUGAAAAUCUCUUCAGAGGAUGUCUUGGACUGCCACCAGUCAACCACCUGGAUCUUGAACACAAGCUCAGUGAUCCAGCUGCCUGGUGCACUGAGCAACCAGAGAAAAUCCAGGAAAAAAUCCAUAUCCGUCCAGACACAGAUGCCGUCAAUGGUUUCCUCAAGAGUAAGCACGACGCUGCUUUCCUUAGUGGACGCAUUGCUGAGGACAUUGUCCUUAAAGGACUUCAGUAAUAUACUUUUAUCCACUCUUUUGCAAUUGCCUAGUUUUUGUAAUUAGAGUGUAUUAUGUAUCUUUUUCUUUGUAUUUAUCAUUGUAGCUGUCCCUGACCACCUCGUAAAUUUUUUUUAAAAAAUCAAAAUGAUAUAUCUAUUUUCUAUUUUAUUAUGAAAUCUAAUUUAUGAGGUUAAAUGGACGCAAGUACUUGGAACUAAAAAAAUAAUAUUAGAUAAUAUUGAAGGUCCCAAUUUUUUGCUAGAAUGCUCCCAAUUUUCGCCCAAUGAGUAUUUAACUACUGAUCAAAAUUUGGUAGACGCACAUGACCUUAGUAGACGCACAUCUACAUGGUGUUCAUAAGAAUACAGAAAAUUACGAACUGGCUUGGUCAUUGCAAUAUUUAUCUUUUAUGUAUAUUUUGCCAUGCAUUUUUUUAUUUUGCAUUAAUUAUUUUCAUUCGAGUGCCGGUGUUAUGUUCCUAGUCAAACAUCUGCAUUCAACAAGGAACUUUAUCUCAAUUUGUUUCGAAACUGCAUUAAGUGAUAGAAGAUGGAGCUUUGAAAUUGCUUAGAAAAAAUCACAGAAAGAAUAUUUUCUUACUGAAGGUGUACAAAUCAAACCAUAUUCAAUCAAGCCAACACGAAAUCAGACCCCAAUCUCUCAAAGAGAUAAUAUCACCGCUAUUGUGCAAUAUAUUUCAUUCUAAAUUAUAAUUCAUAGAAAGAACAGACUGUGAACCUUGUCACAUCCUGUUGUACUUAUAUAUGUACAUAGAAAUUUUUUUAGAAUUCAUAUUAUGUAUAAUAUGGCUGGAACAUAUUGUUAUGUUUACAUGGAGAAAAUUGUAUGCUAAUCGUGUUUACUUUCGUAAGAUGUUAUUAUUCAUAGCAUUUAUGAACAAAUGAUUAAUUUACAUGUGUUCAAAACUUAUCUGUUAAUGAACCAUUAAGAAGGUUUUAGCUCUCUGAGGAUGGUUUUGUACGAUUCUUGAUUUGUAAAUAAAGUUUUGAUUUUCCUAUUA